AUGACCACCACCGCCUCUCGCCCGACACCUGCGCACCAACUCUCCAAUCCUGCGCCCACUUCAACCAACGCAACCUCACAGGACGUAAAUUUCCAAGGCCUGCCUAUCCCACGUGGCUCUGUCAAAGCACAACUCUCUUUCUACAAAGCUCCCGAAGAUGGCGCACCCCCACACAACUACGUCGAGCCACUUCCAGGCGUCCCACAGCGAAAUUGGGGAGACAAUUGGGCCGAAGUUACUAUCGAAGACCUGCGAGGCAAGGAAAAAAACUUCACCCUCGACAACAACGCCUUCGACACAUUCCAGAACAUCCAGAGUGGCCUGACCAGAGAAGACUUCGAAGACGAUGAGGCGAUAAAAAGGGUCUACUACCCCGAGGUAGAAGAUCUCUUACUGAACAACGUGCAAGGCGCACAGCGAGUCCUAAUCUUCGACCACACAAUCCGCCGACCAACCGGCAACCGCAACCCUGUCCAGCGCGUCCACAUCGACCAAACCCCCCUCUCCGCCGCCGAACGCGUCAAACUCCACGCCCCAGACGACGCCGAAAAGCUACUCCAGGGCCGCUACCGCAUAAUCAACGUCUGGCGCCCGCUCAACGGCCCGGUCAUGGGUAGCCCGCUUGCAGUCGCCGACAGCCAGACUGUACGAGACGGCGAUCUGAUUCCAAUUGAGCACCGGUACCCGCAUCGCAACGGCCAAACGGCAGCUGUGGCGUAUAACCCGGAACAAAAGUGGUAUUACUGGUCUGGAAUGAAGAAUGAAGAUAGAUUGUUACUCAAGUGCUUUGAUAGCGAUGAGGUUGUUGGGCAGUGGGGUCGUGUGCCGCAUACUGCUUUUGUGGACCCCAGAACGCCGGAGGGUGCGGUGGGGAGGGAGAGUAUUGAGAUUAGGGCGCUAGUUUUUGGUUGA